CAAUCCGAAAGGGACAAACUCAUAUUCGAGACUGGAGGCAAACGAAGCGACGACAAUGUUUGCCGCUCUGUUGGUGUUCGCGAUUCUGACGACGUCUCGGGCUUUUGACGACCGAGUGCUGUACGCGGACCUGGACCCGUGCACCUCGUACAUCAGCCUCAGCGAGGAGUGGCGCAACACCGAGUUCGCCAUCAACGGCAGCAACGGCAAGCCGGCGUGCGACCGGGACAUGGCGGGCGAGUGGUACCGCUUCACCGGGCUGGCGGGCGACGUGAUGCCCACGUUCUGCGUCGACGAGAACCACUGCGGCACGCACGCGCCCGUCUGGCUCAACGGCACGCACCCGCGCCUUCUGGACGGCGUCGUGAGCUUGCCCGCCUGCGCCGCCUUCCGCGACAACUGCUGCAUGUGGCAGUCGACGGUGGACGUGAAGGCGUGCUCCGGUGGCUACUACGUGUACCGCCUGCCGCGCCCUCCCGUGUGCUACCACGUCUACUGCGGACACUUCUACGAGCCGUGCGAGAGAGAGAGCUCCUCCUGCCAGGGGGAAGACUGCGCCCAACCUCCCAGCUGCCGCUGCGGCCAUGGCAUGCUGCUUGCAGAGGACGGCAACACCUGCAUGGACGUGAACGAGUGCGAGGAGGCGAACGGAGGCUGCGCCGAGGUGUGCGUCAAUCUGCGCGCCUCCUUCAGAUGCGAGUGCCCCGUGGGUCAGGUGCUGUCCCCUGACGGCCACUCCUGUCUGGGUGAGGGACAGAGGGCCGUGGGCCGCACCGGCGGGAUCCCACGGCACGUCUCGCGCGAGCUCCCGGAGAUGCGGGCAGAACAAAUGACCCUGUGCGAGACGAACAACGGAGGCUGCAGCCACCUGUGCGUGGCCGCCGAGAGCUCCCACCGCUGCGAAUGCCCCCGUGGGCUCCUUCUGGCCGAAGACAACCGCACCUGCCAGGUUCCCGUGAGAUGCAGCCCCGACGCGAUUGAUGUGGCCGUGCCAAAGGACCAGGUGCGAGGACUGGAGCUCUUCCUGGCCAACGCCUCCUGCAAGGGCGUCUCCAACGGGACCCACGUCAACGUGCACUUUGGCCUCAAGACGUGCGGCACAACAUUGGAGGUCACAGCAGAUAAGAUUAUUGCAAGCAAUGUCCUGACGGGGCUUCCCAAGCAAGGUCCUGGAAGCAACGGCGAUAUGAUCAUCCGCACGAGCAAGCUUCUUAUUCAGGUGUUCUGCGAGUUCCCCCGCCACGAGCUCCUCUCCCAGGGCUUCCUGCCCAAGCCGGGCAACCCCAUCCCGAGGCUGUGGGGUCACAGCCAGGGCCACUUCCCCUUCGCCCUGCUGCUGUACCGCGAACCGAGCUUCGAGGCGCCCGUGGGGCCCGGCGAGAUGCCCCUGGUCGUCAAGCUGCACCAGCCGCUCUACUUUGGCCUGGCGCCGACGACGCGUCUCGACGGACUCGAGGUGCUCGUGGAGCGCUGCUACGCGACGCCCGGGCAGAACGGCAACCACCUCGUCAAGUACUUCCUCAUCCGAGACGGGUGUCUCGUGGACAAUACCAUCCGACUCCUCCCUUCCAGUAACUUACUGAGCAAGCAUUACCAGGUGCAAGUAUUCAAAUUCCUGGGCAAAGAGAACAUGGAGGUGUUCCUGCACUGCGAGGUGACCGUGUGCCAGGCGUUCGACUCCGCGUCGCGAUGCUCCCAGGGCUGCAUGCGCCGCGUGCGUCGCUCGGCGCAGGACGGUGGUGCCAGGCCCCGCCUCGCCGGGCCGCGGAUCCCCGUGAUCACCGGGGGGCCCAUCAUUAUGCACUCAUCGACGACGACCUAACUCCUUGGCUCGCCUGUUCAUGGGCAGACCUCUCACUUGUUCAUGGGCAGACCUCUCACUUGUUCAUGGGCAGACCACUCAUCGAUGAUGACCUAACUCCUUGGCUCGCCUGUUCAUGGGCAGACCUUCAGUCCUGCGUCUCCGUAUGCAAAUACUAUAUACAGACCUAUUGGCUUUCCAGACCGAUCGUAUCCAGCAUAAAUUUGUUUAAGCGAGCAAAGUCUAGACUAGUAUUGACCUUCUGGGUCUCGUCAGCAGAGCUGUUCAGUGCCAAGUUGCCAUUUUCUAAAGGUGGCCGUGAAGGCAUCGAUGCAGCCGGCCGCAGUAACAAGACCAACAAACUCCACGCGUUUGUCAAUAGCACAGUGUAUGUGGCCUUAAAAUGAAAAAUGAAAAAAUACAUUCAAACCAUAUGAAGAGAAAGGCCAGAGAGACAGGGUGGUCAUACUUCAGAAAGAUUACCUCUGGAAUUACAAAUGUGGAAUCGAAAUUCAUCAUAAUUCGUCAUCAUCGAGUGUCUCAUUCCAUGUGCAACCUCUGAGACACGGUUUUUCUUAAUCUGUUCUCUUUGGCCCCCCCCCACCCCCCGCAACUCGGACCUAUUGAACCGUGACCAUUUGUGGGUGACAAUAGCCACUGCGCAGGUGUUCACUGGUGUGCCGUACGGGUCUCCGAGGAAUUUUCCGGGUCGUACCGAGCGCUGUUCGUCACGAUGUCCGACGUUUUUCUCCGCGUGCCGGGAGCUUCUCCGGGAAAGUGAAUUCAGGAGAGCGAAGUAUCGGCAUCAUGCGGCGAACAAGGCACGGUACGACCAGAGUCACGUGGUUAUUUCUAGAUUUGAAGCUUUCGUGACUGCAAGGAUUCAUACUCUUAGUUUUUUCGGUAAAGUCACGUAGGUAAAAAAUAAAAUUAAAAUUAAUACAAAUAAAAAAAUAAAAAAUCACGACGUUUCGGAGGCAACACAAGACUCCGUCAUCAGGUGGGACCAUCACAUCCACAUCUUUGGACCACGUUAUCUUUACAGGUGGCCACUGAGGCCUCUGUGCAGCAGUCACCUCUUCUCCAACCACUUAUUAUAUAAUAGCCGACCGAAUUAACUUCCUUUUUUUUACACGUCUAAUACAUCGCCGGUAUAACGCAGGAUAAAUGCGCGUGACGCUUGGUGAGAAGAAGUUUUUUCCUUAAAUUUUUGCGUACGGUGACAAUUCACAAAAUGCCGCAUUGUGAUUUUUUUUCUUUGCUUCGAAAGCUUGUCCGUAAAAACCCCCGAAUCAUAAAAGUUGGACGCGCUUUUUGUGACCAUGCUACCGACGUUGCUUUAAUUUUUCAUUUUUUUUUUAUGUUUCAUGGGUUGCGCAUUUCGACAGUAUUAGACAAAAAAAAGUGUAGCUCACAAAGUAUUGAAACUUCAGAUUACAAAUAUUUCAUGCCGUUUGCUCUGAAGGAACAUAUUUUUAUUUUAUUCGGGAGGUGGUAAUGAAAUAUUGUAGAAACUAAAAAAACAUUUGACAAGUGCACUUGCAAGGUAGCUCACAUCUUUAGUGAAAUGCUUCCAGCCUGUAUGGGUGUGCAUAACGUGCUUUAUUCCGUGCCAGGAAUGUGUUAUGCCAGCCAGUAUUAACGAGAUAGAAGAAUCAAACCGCUAAGUAAGAGUGAAUCUAUCUGGAGAGACCAACGGGUUUCAACGUGGCCAAUUGCACAUGCAUUGAGGCUAGAUUCUUGGAAAUGUCACGUAUAUUUUUUUCUAAAAAGAUUUUCCAUUAUUGGUAUUGAUGUGUAGUAGAUUAAAACCCUGCAAUGUAGGUGAGGUUUAAGUUUCUAAGCGGUAAUGUUAAUGCACAUUCAUUAAAGUGCAUACGUUAACGUCAUUUAAUAUUAUCACAUUUAAUCACUUUUAUGCGUUUUUCUUUGCUCUGUUCUCUUUGCCACUGCACACAAUUUCGAAUGUGUUACUCUUCUCAGUUUCAUAUUGCGAAUUUUUUUCAUUUCAUUUACAUUUUUUGCUACGUACCGCAUUUCAUUCUUGCAAUUUGGUGUGCCUUUUUAAAUGAAUAAUCAUUAAUAAUAUUUCUGUCGUAUUAUCGGGAGCUUCAGAAACACGGGAUACAAUUCAACAUAUCUUAAAUAUUGAAUCGCUUUGUAAUUACAGCAAAUGAACUACUGACAGUCCCAUUUGUUUCCAAGGGAUCACUUUUCUCAACAUCGGUGCAUUGAAUUUGUCAGCACUGCGGAAGAAAAUAAAAACACUUUCAUCUUCCCACCAACAGUAACCACCACCACAACCAAGAACAAUCAGAGCCCUGGUUACUUUCGGUUUUAAAGAACAAAAAACAACCCCUUCAGCUUGUUCAUGUUGUGUUGCAUUUGAUUUGAAACGCGUUUAAGAACUGAACGUAGUAAUGUAGAACAACUGAGGUUUUACGCAAAUAAGAGAGAGGUGCAAAUGAUCACAGUGUGACGGCGCUUUGCACAGGCCCGGCUGGUAUUGGGGAGGUUGGUGGGGAUGGGACUGGAGAGGCUUCAGCCCCACCUCCCCUUCCUAAUUCUUAUAGACAUUGGCAUUCAGACAUCCUGAAUAAAUUGCAAUAUGCAAGCAUUCAUACUCUUUGUUUUUUUCGGUAAAGUCAUGUAGGUAAAAAAUAAAUGAACAAACAACUAAAUUAAAUCACGACGUUUCGGAGGCAACACAAGAUUCCGUCAAGUGAUACAGUAAUUUUGCUGUGACGGUUCCACCUGAAGACGGAAGCUUGUGUUGCCUCCGAAACGUCGUGAUUUAAUUUAGUUGUUUUUUCAUUUAUUUUUGUACCUACGUGACUCUAUCGAAAAAAACAAAGAGUAUGAAUCCGUGCAGUCACUAAAACUUCAAAUCUAGAAGGAGAGAAUAGUCAAGUCAAAAAACACGUCCACAAUGUUUAACACCAGUGGCAGACUUUUUUUACUCUCUCUCUCCAACGUUUUCCAGUUUGACAAACACUCAAUCAUACAUAAUAAUAAUAAUGCACCCGUGCACAUCUGCUUCAAUUGAGUGAAUUGUCAGACACUUCAAGGCUCUCCAACCAUAAGCGAUGGGCACAUUUCAGCAUUUAUUCAUAAACACCUGGGCUGAGAGCUCAAGCGUGGAAUGCACGACAGACGAAAGGAGACCAUCGUAUUGUUACUCCUUCUUCUGUUCGCCGUCUAACUGACCCGCUCACAGCGGCUGGAGUCGCCCCGUCAUUGCCCCAUGCAUCGCCCCAUGCAUCCGAUCCGUUCGUCAUCCUUUGCCCUCGUCAAUUUUUGCUCCCCUCUAAUUUACGCGUCACAGAUUCCCCGAUGACUCCCCCCUCUCUCAUCCACGCCAUUCGCUCUCAACUCCGCCAUUACAUUCAAAGUGUCUUGGUCAAGGCGCCGAAUAACAUGUAGGAGCCCGGACUUCAACAGUUUCCCAGGCGGACCGCCGGUAAGAGGAAGACGUGCAAGACGGGGGCAGUAAUUACGGUUCAGCUGAUUGAUUAAUUGGAUAACUCAUAUUGUCAAAAAAAAUCACUUCGACUUAGCGGCAUUCGGACAGUCAAAUGAAGUGCUGUUCUGCAAUUGUUGGCAAGUCGGUGACAAGAUGAGAUGUGCAAAUUUCCAUUCAGAUUGAAAAAGCAAGGACCGCGUAAGAAUUGAACUAAGAGCAAUCAACUGCAAAUCAUUUUUUUUUUACUCCACACCCGCCGUAAAACCUAAGUAAUAUGUCUGUCCAAGUACUAUACUUUAUGGCUAUUUCAAAGUUAAAGCUUCAAAUCUGAUGCCUUAAGCCUCAACUGGAUGAUGCAUUGAAAGGGGGGGGGGGGAAGAGACCUGCCCCCGUCACUCCAAUUCAAUCGCGACAGUUAUUACGGCUUGUUGGGGUUGGAUGGUGCCGCUUGGCCACGUGUGACGGCAACGCUGCUAUCAUCCCAACCCCCGAGUUGCCAGCGCUGCCCGACACGAGCUGUGGGUGUCACAGGUGGGACACAGGUGGGACUCGGGCAGGCGUGCGGCCUUUAAUGAAAAAAAUCAAAUGGGGAUAGGAAACAAAGGGCUCAAUCAAUUUGGACACCUUAAAUGUGAAUGCUACGUUGGACGCACUCCUUGCAGGACAAGUGGGAAAGCGAUUGAAGGCGUCGAUGCUGUCACGUGGCAAUUUCUUAUUAUGUCCUUUGUACCGUGUUCAUCAGAUGGACGCGCUUUGUCCCGAGACAUAUUUUUCGAUAAGUUAUGGUGGGGAUCGAUUGUCUCGAAAAAAUAUAUUUGCAUAUGCAAACGGUUGAUUUGUUUUAAACACUAAAUAUUAAUGGCGCUUGCAUAUUUCACUAGGAUUUGACAAAUUCGUAUGCAUCUGAGCUUUGCUGGCCAGGAUGACUGUACCAGUCAGAUUAUCUCUCAUGCAUUCACAUGUCGAGCAUUCGUAAACGAACACUGCUUGUAUAUCUCUGCGGCCGUAACAAUGAUUAUAAUGAUACAAUUACUACCUUUUAGGAUGAGGGUUAUGGUCAGCUCUUGUGUCGGUCAUGGGGGUUGUCUGACCAUACUUCACCACAUUCUGUCAGUGCUGGUUGACGAAGGCAGGGAAAGAGCGGUUUCACAACUGGAUCACAGAUAUCACUUUCCACCUAUGGCUUGGAGUAAAAGCUCAAAUCGUGGGGUUCAUGAUGCAUUGUGCAAACAACCGUGCCUUCGUUCCACCCACGACUGCUAUAAUUACACUCUUCAUAAUUUGAUAACGAAGGUCAAAAAAACCAAAUUCAAAUGUAGCUUUAUAUUGCAAUAUAAGCACGAUUGGAAAAUAUUGUUCCUGUGGUGAAAACAAUUGAAACUAUAUGCAAAAUAAUAAAACGUAAAUGAAGAGUACACACACGCACAUACACACAUGUACGUGUGCAAAUGCGCACGCUGUUCAACAUACCAAUUAGGUUAGUCUUCUUGUGACCUAUUUUGCAAUAAAAGUAAAUGCAUUAAAUUCCACAACUGCCCAGUGAAAGCAUGCACAGAAUUCCAUAACCGGUCGUGGAGCUCAAUAAGAUUUGCUUCAGCUUUGUAUAUUUAUGCAAGUGUGUACAAACAUUGGGUGCCUACUAAACCACAUAAGCUAGAGUUAUUUCCAAUUAAUUGUUGGAUCAAAACACACUGUAGAGUUGGCACGCAAUGGCCUGUUAAUAAUACAAGUUAUACAACUUAUAAAAAAGGAAUUUAAUCGUUGCAAACGAAACACACCCAAAUUAAAAACAAAAACGUGCAAA